UGAAGAUAAUGCUAAAUGGGAGAUUUACUUUUUGAGAAGUCUUUUGUUUAGAAGAGAAAGAGAGAGAAAACAAGAGGGAGGAAGUCAGAGAUCAGCACUCUGUAGACAUCUCACCAGAAGACACCUUACCAGUCUUCAAGAACAUUGUGAAGAGGGAAAAAAGAGAGAGGGAUAAAAAGUGUGACAUUUCGUAUCUUUGUACCUUUUCCUUUCAACUUUCCAAGAGGACAAUGAAAAACUCAAUAAAGGAUUCUUUUUCAAACUUUCUCUUUGAAUAUGAGACUCCUCGUCAAGUUAUAGUCAAGAACAGCAGAAUUGCAGUCGUUUGUAGAAUCAUCCAGCUGGGAGUUCUAGCCUACAUUGUUGGGUGGGUGUUUAUGUAUGAGAAAGGUUACCAGACUAUGGAUACCGCCAUAGGCUCGGUCCUCACCAAGAUGAAGGGACUGGCCUACACAAAUAUCACUGGAGUGGCAAGAAUAUGGGAUGUAGCUGAUUAUGUUUUUCCUGAACAGGGUGAUUCGUCUUUUGUUGUGAUGACAAAUUACAUUUCAACUAAACAGACACAGGGCAAGUGUCCUGAGAUCCCAGAUGGGAAGAACAAGUGUAACUUGGAUGCUGACUGUGAUGAGGGCAAAUACAAACGUACGGGAAAUGGGCACAUGACGGGAAAGUGUGUGAAAUCAACCAGUACUUGUGAGAUCUACUCCUGGUGUCCUGUUGAAGAUGAUCGUCAAAUACCGGACCCUCCAAUUCUGCAGGCAGCAGAAAACUACACACUAUUCAUCAAAAACUCCAUCACCUUUCGCCAGUUCAAUGUUGUCAGGAGUAACUUGGUAGAAAGUGUGAAUCAAAGUUACAUCAAUCGCUGUCUAUAUCACCCCAUGAAUGAUCCACUGUGUCCUAUCUUCAGAUUGGGUGACAUUGUUGAGCGCUCUGGUUUCAAUUUCUCAGAGAUAGCUCGCGUGGGUGGUUCUAUAGGAAUUCUCAUUGACUGGGAUUGCAAUCUGGAUCUGAGUAUUAGAUACUGCAAACCAAAUUAUGAAUUCCAUGGCCUUUAUGGAACUGGGAAAGAUGACAAAGAAGAGAAACCAUCACUGGGAUACAAUUUCAGAUAUGGCAAAUAUUUUGUGGAGGACAAAGUGGAGAAGAGAACACUAAUGAAGGUGUUUGGCAUACGGAUAAACAUCAUUGUUCAUGGACGAGCAGGAAAAUUUGAUAUCAUUCCAACGCUGAUGGCCGUAGGCUCAGGAGUAGGAAUCUUUGGAGUGGCAACUGUCAUCUGUGAUUUGCUCCUUCUAUAUUUACUUCCAAAGAGAGAUUAUUACAAAAAUAUGAAAUUCAAGAAUACAGAAAUCCAGGAGGAGAAGCCAGAUUUGCCCCCGUCACAGACAGAGAAAGAUCAACCAUAGUGGUCACAGCAAUUCCAGAUCUUUGCUGUGUACAGGAGUGAAGGCAGGGUGGCUGCCAUGACGACUGACUACUGCACUGGAAGAAGAAAAAAAAAACAAAAAAAAAACUGUCAACACUGGAACAUAAGCAAGAGGACCCGGGAGGCAUGGCACACACUCCAGAAAUAGCAGACAUCACUUUUACUUUGUAAAUGUAUUUUAUUUCCAUCACAAACUAUUGAGAAAUCACUAUUACUAUUUAAGACACAGCUCAUUACCACUGGGUGUGCUUACUAUUGAGAAGCUUACAACUGACUGCAAAAGGAAACAAUAUUAUUAGGUGUGUGACUGAGGGUGGUGUUUUCUUUGGGAUCCUUUCAAGGUUUUCAGAGUUUUCUGCAGCAAAAUAUCGGCAAAAAAAGUAAUUGGUAACACUUCACAAUAAGGUUCCAUUUGUUCACAUUAGUUAACAACAUUAGUUAACAUGAGCUAAAAAUGAACAAUACUUAAGCAUUUAUUAAUCUUAAUGUUAAUUUCAACAUUUACAUUUUUAAAAUCAAAAGUUGUAUUUGUUAACAUUAGUUAAUGCACUAUGAACUAACAUGAACUAACAAUGAACAAUUGUAUUUUUAUUAGCUAACAUUAGCAAAGAUUAAUAAUGUAAAAAAUAUAUUGUUAAUUGUUAUUUCAUGAUACCUACAAUAAUGCAUUUCCUAAUGUUAACAAAUAGAACCUUAUUGUAAAGUGUCCUUUCUGGAUAUGGACCCUUUUCACAGACUGAUGCGUUUCCACCUUAAGCAGCGUAAAACAGCAAACUUUAAAAAAAUAUAUAUUUUUCACUUUUUCUUUAAUCUAGUGUAAAUUUAUAACAUUAUUCUUUGUUAUAUUACAUUGUCAUUCAUUUAAAAAAAUAACACUGCUGUCAACACUGCUGCUUUGAGGUUUCAAAUACAGUUGCUGAGGGAGUGACAUUAUAUUUGCCACUUUCUCUCUUCUGAACGCCGUAAAUCAAAGAUUUCUAUUUUACCAAAGUGGAAACAUAAAAGUGGACUGAAGCAAAUGGGAAUGCAAAAACAAUUUGCUGUGGUCUCCCAUUCACAUCGUAGACGUUUACCCAUACAGUUUACUUCUGUGUUCCAGACCUGGAAAUGUGAAACGGUUCCAUUGUGUCCAUGUAUACAAAUAUGGAUAUUGUAAUAGCUGGGAUAUCAGUUUAAUUUGUUUUGUUUUACCAAUUUUUAGUACAUUAAAAUCUUGAAAAAUGUUAAAUAUUUUCAUUUAAAUCAGAGCACCAUGUAAGGACGUUUGGUCUUGUUUUACAAAAUCACAGAUGCCGAGUUUGGUUUUACCAACAUCAACAUCAUUUAGCCAUAGUAAUACAAUUAAAAAUGACAAAAGAUAAAGAACCGGUCACUUGUGAUAUCUUUAUUGUCUUUGACUAUGUCUAUGUGUACAAAAAGCAUGCAAAAAAUAGCAUCUUUAUAUGCUUUGGUACAUAUUUACAGUACAUGGUUAGAGUUGCAUUCAGUGCUUUCUUGGGCCAUGCUCUUUUUUUUUUUUUUGUCUAUUUUCUUGGACUUUUUAACAAGUUACAUUCAAAUCAAUGCAGCAGAAUACAGACAACCAUAAAUACCCAGCAAUAUCAGGCACUCUGACACAAAUAACUCAUCAGUUCAAGCUGUAGGGAUAUAAGCAAGACUUUUAAGCUGUUUUUAAGUUUUAAGUUUGUUUUUAAGAUUUAUAUAUACCUGCCAAUGCUCAUAUACCUUGCAAUGAAAAUCUUAAAAUACCUAAAACAACUUUUGCUAGAAAGAGAAAUUUAUAGGGACAGUUCACCCCAAAAAUUUAAUUAUGUCAUUAUUUACUCACCCUCAUGUUGUUCCAACCCCAUAUGACUUCCCUUCAUAGAUUACAAAAGAUAUUAGUAAAAAUGUUAGCCUCAGCCACCAUUCAUUUUCUUUGACUGGGGAAAAAAAAAAAGAUUCCAUGAGAGUGAAUGGUGAUGAGCAUUCUGCCUAACAUUAUUUCGAGUUUCACAGGAAAGAAAGUAAUAUGGGUUUGGAACAACAUGCGGGUGAAUAAAUGAUGACAGAAUGUUCAUUUUUAGGUGAACCAUCCCUUUUAAAAAAAUACAGCCAUAAAAGCUUUGAUAGCAGGAAUGUUAUGCAGUUCUCUCUUCCUUCAGAUUUAUGUUAAACAACAGCAAUCUUUGCAAAUGUGGAUAAACACUAAAAAGAAACUAUGUGAUAAAGCCUGCAAUGAAGCUAUUGCACAUGCACUAUUACCUGGAACAGGAUAUAAAGCCUUUGCACUUCAGCUGAUUGCUCACACAGAGGUAUAGACUGCUGCAUUAUUUAGCUUAUAUAUAAAUCCUGCAGGAAAAUUUAAAGGGGUUUAGAAAUAGAGGUGAUUUGUUUUUCUCACAUUGUUAUCAAAAAGAAUAGCAAACCUAGGGAGGUUUGUAAAAACCAGCUAAAAGUUUAUAGCAAGUUAAGGGACAUGCAGUACAACAAGACAAAAACAGGUGCAUAGCAUCCAGUACAUCAACAAGUAACUGACAAGAGUACAGUACAUUUGAGACACAUGAAGAAAUGGACAUAUGCAAAUGCACACCCACACACAAAUAAGGGAAGGGGAGGAUGAUUUCAAAUGAUUAGAUGAAUUCACAGUGCACACAUAAACAUCUUAGAACUCCAGAAUACAGAAUGUUACACCAUUUACUCUGUAUUCCCAGAACAGCAGUGUCCAGACCCUGAGUACCACAUACAGAAUCUCAGUACAUCUAAAACACAACGAGACGAGACUCCAUUUAAUGCAUAAAUACUCCAUACCAACAGACCAUAAAAAGAUUAGUUGUUUGGCACUAAAAAUGGGGAGUCUUUCUUACAAUAAGGUUCAUUUAUGCAUUAGGUAUAAUAAACUAACAAUUUGUGGUAACACUUUUCAAUAAGGAUCUUUUAAUUAACAUUAGUAAAUGCAUAAAGGUAUCCUGAACAAUGAAACUAAAACGAACAAUGAACAGUUUUAUUACAGCAUUUAUUAAUCUUGGUUAAUGUUGACUUAUAAAAAUACAAUUGUUCAUCCAAGUUAGUUCUUAAUGAAAUUUACUAAUGUUAACAUAUACUUUUUUUUAAAUAAAAAGUUGUCAAAAUUAAAUUAAACCAAGAUUAGUGAGGAUUGUUUUAACUAAUGUAGUUAAAAUAAUGUUAAUGAAUACAGACUUAAAGCAAUAAUUCACCCCAAAAUUAAAAUUCUCUCAUGAUUUACUCACCUUCAUGCCACCCCAGAUGUGUUACUUACUUUCUUCUGCAGAACAGAAAUUAAGAUUUUUAGAAGAAUAUUUCAGCUCUGUAGGUCAUCACAAUGCAAGUGAAUGGGUGCCAACAUUUUAAGCUCCAAAAUCCACAUAAAGGCAGCAUAAAAGUAAUCCAUACGACUCCAGUUUUAAUCCAUAUAUUCAGACACUAUAUGAAAGGUGUGUGUGAGAAACAGAUACAUUUUUAAUCAUAAAUUCUCCUUCAUGCCCAGUGGGGGGGAUAUGCAUGAAGAAUGUGAAUCACCAAAAACAGUAGUAUGUGAAAGUGACUUUGAGAUUGAGCAUGGAGGAGAAGAGAGACUUAAAUAUUGUUCUGUUUCUCACCCACACCUAUCAUAUCACUUCUGAAGAUAUGGAUUUAACCACCAGAGUCAUCUGGAGUAUUUUUAUGUUGCCCUUAUGUGGACUUUGGAGCU